AUGGGACCGAGUCCAGUGGAGCAGAAUCCGUGGGAACGGCAUGACAGUGACAGUGAUGGUUGUCAGGAUAAUAAUGAUGGUUGGCAUAUUGGUUACGAAGUUGAAAUGCAUGGCAUUGGUGUGGAAGAGUAUUCAAGUAGCGGAGACGAUAUAAGUGAUGCGAAAUCGGAUUCAUGCGAUGAAAGUUAUGGGGAUCGUUAUGCUGGUUAUCAAACUAUUCCUACUUCAGAUGGCGCAUUCGGAACCGCGAAUGCUAUCCAUGAACACACCAACGUAGGAGUUCAGGAGGAUUUCGGAGAGGUUUUGAGUUCAGAACAUAAAAAUUUGUCCUUUGAAUUUGAUGUGACACAAUCGAUUGAAUUGACUGAAGAUAAAAUUGAAAACAUUAAGAAGGCGAUGUCAGCAUUGACUCUUCCUGCUCCACCAUGGGCAAAGGAAAUUGACAGUGAUAAUGAAUUGAAGAAACUACUAGAAAAACUGAAGUCUAAAUGA